AAUUACAUCCAAACUCAUGAGAGAAAUAAAUGUAGGCCAUACAAAUAUUACCCGGCCCGGGAAACGAGGUCCUAGACCUCUAGGAGGCCGUAAGCUUACCACCUCUAGACGAAUUCUUUCAUAAGGAGAUCUUCUGCUACUACAACCUAAGGUGCUCAGUUGAACUCAAAACGACAUCGAAUCGUUGAGAAAUGUUGAAUUAAUUGUUAAUUAGUAAAAAAAAUUUAGUUCAAUUCACGCAAAGUAAACAAGUUCAUCAGUCGCAUUUAUCUCAUCAAGAUGGUUAUAGAGUAUGAUACAUAAUGCAAUAACCUUUAUUCCAUUACUGGUAAGGUUUAUAAUUCAGUCGUUACAUAAUCCAGGGAUGCAAUUCAAAACGUGUCAUGAAAAUUAAUGUAGUUAAUGAAAUAAGAGCCGCUAGUUAGUAGUAAACUGGACACUUAUGUGUUAUCCCGUUUCAUUGAGCUGUAUUUAAAGAGUAAUAAAGAAGAUAACAGAGGACUAGGAUGUUAUAAUGGGUCUAGACUACGUGGUUACGGGUUUACUUCGAAAAUUAUGCAUUUGCAUAAUCUUAGUCAAAUGCCAUGGAUUUUUGGUGGAUGAUCGGCUAUUAUUAUGUAACCGUAUUCCUUUGGGCACAACAGCGGCUGCGUUGGAGCCAGACAAUCGAUUUGUACUUGAGAUCGUAGAUCUCGAUCUGGCGACUCAAGAGUACAUACCAAAUCGGCAAUAUCCAAUCCGUCUUAGCACAGUAGACAACAAAACCACGUUCAUCGCUUUUACAAUAUGGAUUCAAGAAGAUCUGAACGAAAAUGAAAAGAACCCUCGCAGACCACAUCAUCUGUUGCCAGGGAAAAUACAGCCAGACCUUACAAAUUCGAUGGUUAUGCCCAAUUGUGCAAACACUCUAAUGCAGACAGAUGUUUUACCUAAAAAAUCAGUAGAGGUACUGUGGACGGCUCCAAAUAAGAAUAAUAAAUGCGUUACGAUACAAGCGUAUGUUGCAAUUAAACCUGAUGUGUGGUAUACUUCUACGGGACCUUUAGCCAAACAAGUAUGUGAAGAUAGGCGAAAAAACGAAGAUAUGAAACCGACAGAAAAUGACAACUGUGACGUGUGUGAAGAAGCUCGUUACGAACUGAAAUUUGAAGGUACGUGGUCCUACAACACGCAUAAAAAUCUAUAUCCUGAACCCCAGUUGAGUCCAACCGGAGAUCACAAAGAAGAGGUAGUAGCAGCUUUCAGUGAUGUUGUUGGUGCAUCUCAUAAUAAGAAUUAUUACGUGUAUAAAGACUCUACUUACGCAACUGAGGGUUUAAAGAUGCUGGCCGAACAAGGAAAUACUACAAAGUUGGAGAUGGAAAUAUUAGACCACCUUGGUACAAACGUACGUACAGUCAUAAAAGCCACUGCCCCAGCGAGAACAAACAUGUCGACAUUGGCCAGUUUUCGUGCAAAUAAAGAGAAACAUCUAAUCUCUCUUGUUACCAGUAUACUACCUUCGCCUGAUUGGUUCCUGGGAGUAUAUAAUCUAGAAUUAUGUGAUUCAAAAAACAAUAGCUGGGCGGAAAAUAUUGUUCUAAAUCUGUACCCUCUAGAUGCUGGAACGGACAGUGGAAAAAAAUUCGAUUCACCAAAUGAAGCGUCAUCCCCGCCACAGCCAAUAGGUCCAGCAGUUAUAAAUAAAGACGUAACGAAGGAGGAUACAAAGCCCUUCGCGAGAUUAAGGGUGACACUCAUUCGGACGUAUUAUAACCCGAGUUGUCCGACAGAAUCAUCCUCACCCGCUUAUACAGAAGAACCAGAGGAAAGAACAGAUAACAGAUGGACCAGACCUACCCCUCCACCGCCGCCACCAACGUUCCGACCAACGAGUGCACCUGAAGUACCACCAAGUGAAGACAUACAUUGUAAUGGAGAUUGGGAAGUGUUACCUUGCGAGGGACCUUGCGUGGAAGGCCAACGACAAGGCUUUCGAUCGAAAAUCUUCCACUUUUUUCGAAAAGAAGACGGGAGAGGCAGACGUAAAGAUGAGGUAGAUCAUUGAAGCAAAGUUUUAUCAAUAUUUGAUCGACGACACGCGACCAACGGUGUCAAUACACCGCGCGCAGGUCAGAAAAAGCUUUAACUCCAUCAUGCAUUCAGAGCAAUAGUCGGAAAAAAGUAUUCCACAUAGUUCUAUAGAUACAUGUAUAGAUAUGGCUACAAAGAGCAACAUAGAAUUGUU